CGCUGGACUCUGCAAAGCCCAGCUCGCAGUGAGCGGAGCGCUCAGCCUGGCUGGGCUGGAGGCUGCUCGCUCUUUGAUCCUCCUUCUCCCGGGGACAGGAGCGGGCUUGGGAGGCCCGGCCAGCUCUGGCGGAGGGUACCUCGUCGGUAGCUUGCAAAUCUGCAGGCAAUGAUGUAGGCUGAAUUUUUAUUAAAAAAAAAAAAAUUGCUGAACACUUCUUAACUAGACAGAACUUUUUAGUAUCAUUCAAUGCCUAACAUUGCAGAAGGUGAAAGGGAGAAUGGUUCUGGACACAAAGAAAACAGACCUGAAAAAAAAUCUCCAGAAGCUACUCUUCAUAAUGAUGUAAAGCCAUAUUGCACUUCAGAUGCGUCCGCUGUGUCACUGGGUCCUACUGGCGAUGGGCAUUAUCCAUGGGGAUGUCCUGUGACUCACACCCGAGAAAAAAUUUAUACCAUCUGCUCAGACUAUGCUUUUUUAAACCAGGUAACGUCCGUUUGUAAAAGUCCAAGUGCAACAGUUAGUGCCUGCCUAUCAGAUAGUGCUGCCUUAAAUGUUGGAAAUAAUACACCUAACUUCAUUGGCAUUCAAAGUGGAGCUUCUGAGAUAAUCUACAAUGAAGACACUAACUUGGAAAAUUUAUCUAGUAGUCUUGGAAAGCUUCCACUGGCAUGGGAAAUUGACAAAUCAGAGUUCAAUGGAGUGACCCCACAUCUGAAAAACAGAGCAGGAAACAUGAAGAAACAAGUAACAAAGAAAAAAUCUUUGGACAAAAAAAGCAAACAAUACAGGGAGUGUUCUCAACAUUCCACUGUUGAAGAAAUAAAGCAGCGGAAAGUGCUCGACCUCAGGAGAUGGUACUGUAUUAGCCGACCACAAUAUAAGACUUCCUGUGGAAUUUCCUCUCUAGUAUCUUGCUGGAAUUACUUAUAUAGCACACUGGGAGCUGGAAACCUACCACCUAUUACUCAAGAAGAAGCCUUGCAUAUUUUGGGCUUUCAACCCCCAUUUGAGGAAAUUAGGUUUGGUCCCUUUACAGGAAAUACAACUUUAAUGAGGUGGUUUAGACAGAUUAAUGAUCAUUUCCAUGUAAAAGGCUAUUCAUAUGUUCUAUAUAAACCUCAUGGGAAGAACAAGACAGCUGGAGAAACUGCUGCAGGGGCCUUGGUAAAGUUAACACAAGGACUGAAAGAUGAGUCGAUGGCCUAUAUUUAUCAUUGCCAAAAUCAUUAUUUUUGUCCAAUUGGAUUUGAAGCUACCCCUGUAAAAGCUAGUAAAGCAUACAGAGGUCACCUCUUGCAACAAGAAGUGGAAUAUUGGGUCUUAAUUGGAGAACCAAGUAGAAAACACCCUACCAUUCACUGUAAAAAGUGGGUAGAUAUUGUUACUGACCUGAACACUCAAAAUCCAGAAUACUUAGAUAUUCGACACCUGGAGAGGGGUCUGCAGUAUAGAAAAACAAAGAAGGUAGGAGGAAACCUGCAUUGUAUCAUUGCUUUUCAGAGACUUAACUGGCAAAGGUUUGGUCCUUGGAACUUCCCAUUUGGAAACAUUAGACGAGAUAUGCAACCACAAGCACAGGGAAUUGCCAAAUCUGAAAGCGAAGACAAUAUCACCAAGAAACAGCAUGGACAUCUGGGUAGAUCUUUCAGUGCUGGUUUCCAUCAAGAGUCCAUGUGGAAGAAGAUGUAUAAUCUUCAUGAGAGGAGGAACAGUGGAUAUCAGAGUUAUACUGAUUAUGAUGGGAAUGAUAGAAGAAGAACAAUGGGAGUUCAAGGACUUUGGAAACUGCUUGAAUGCUCUGGAAGACCGAUAAACCCAGAAACUUUGGAAGGAAAAAUUCUUGCUGUUGAUAUUAGCAUUUGGUUGAAUCAAGCGGUAAAAGGAGCAAGGGACCGUUAUGGUAACACCACACAAAAUGCUCACCUACUCACUUUGUUCCAUCGACUCUGCAAGUUGUUAUUUUUUCGAAUCCGGCCUGUCUUCGUUUUUGAUGGAGAGGCACCACUACUGAAGAGGCAAACUUUGGCUAAACGAAGACAAAGAAAAGAAUUGGCAGUCAGUGACUCUAAGAAAACUACCGAAAAACUCUUGAAAACUUUCCUGAAAAGACAGGCUAUCAAAACGGCUUUAACAGGCAAAAGCAAUGAAGCACUGCCCAGCAUUUCACAAGUUCGAAGAGAAGAAAUUGAUGAUAUGUAUGUAUUGUCUUCUUUACAAGAGGAAGAAAAAAAGAGUUCAGAAGACGAGGAUGAAAAAGAGUGGGAAGAGAGAAUGAGCCAAAAAAAAAUAUUGCAGGAAGAAUUCUUUGACAAUCCUCAUUCUGUAGACAUUGAAUCAGAAGACUUCAGCAGUCUGCCUCCAGAAGUGAAACAUGAAAUCCUAACAGACAUAAAGGAGUUUACAAAGCGACGAAGAACAUUAUUUGAGACAAUGCCAGAGGAGUCCAAUGACUUCUCACAAUACCAACUUAAGGGUUUGCUUAAAAAAAACAACCUCAAUCGAUACAUAGAAAAUGUGGAAAAAGAGAUGAGUCAGCAGGACUCAGGCCAUAUCCAAACCCAAUAUGAAAAUGAGGGGGGCUUCAUGAAAGAAGUGGAAAGCAAGAGGGUAGUCUCUGAAGAUACUUCUCACUACAUUCUGAUAAAAGGUAUUCAAGUAAAGGAAGCCACCAGUACACACUUAGAAACUCUUUCAGUUGGGCAUUCUUCCACAGGACCUAAAUAUAAUAUACCUGAUAAAAUACAUAAUGAAAUGAAUGCUAGUACCAAACCACCUUCACCUGAAAAGUUAAAGACAGAGAAGGCUAGCAAUGCAGUUGGAGCACCACCUUCUCCCAGAACUUUGCUUGCUAUACAGGCAGCUAUGUUAGAAAGCAGCUCAGAAGAGGAGCCAGAGGAUGAAGAUAAAAGGCAGCUGAAUUUGGACCAAGUCACUCUCUGCCCCGGUAUAGUUGAAGGCAAUGUAUCACCAAGAACACUACAGGCUAUUCAGCAAGCUCUAUGUGGUGGUGGUGGUGGUGAUGAUGUCAGAGCAGUUAUUACCACUAGUGCUGAUAGAACACGAAUGGAGAUGUCAGGGGUGAAGGAUCUUAUUAGUAGUUCAGAUGAGGAAGAUGAGGUUCCUAAAAUUAAGGAUGGAAAGGAGCCACUACUUUUACCUACAAUUCUUUCAACAAACACAGUCCUUAUGCAAGAUGGUGAAUCCGACCAAAAAAGUCAGUCAGAUUUUUUUCUAAUCCCUGUACCUAAAGGUGUGUGCACACCUUGUGUUAAAAAUGACUCCUCCGCUGAAAUCAUUAGACUAGAUAAAGAAGAGACAGAAGACGAACAAGACCCUGCAAAAAUGGACUCAAGUUCUCUGCAAGAAAAUAUGAAUAUUUGCAUGCAGAAACCAUUAAGUUCCAAAACACAGACCACUUCAGUAGCUCUGAUUCACUCAGAAACUACAGAAAUUUCCAACAACGGGGAAUCUGAAAAUGUAGAGUAUGUUUUAUCAAAAGCGGAAAAGAAUACUUCUGAGCUACAGCAUUCACUUUCAGUCACUCCAGAAAUAGCAAAUCCUAAUGAGGCAAGAGUGCAAAGGAAAUCACAGUCUGAAGAGAGUGAUUCAGAUGGUAGCUUUAUUGAAGUGGACAGUGAAAUUAGUAAUGACACUGAGUUUCCAGGUGAAAUAUUUAAGACAUCACAUGCUCCCUCUGAACCUGAUGAGACAUUGGCUGUUGAAGCAGCAGCUACAGAACUGGAGAAGGAAGGAGAUGAGGGUGCCACAGAGAACCUCCUUAAAGAUACUGCUGAAGAAGUGCAGUUGACUAUUCAUCAGAAUACUGAAACCGAAAAAGACAGGGAAGAUGCAGUGAAUGAGUGGCAAGAUAUUAGUUUGGAGGAAUUGGAAGCUUUGGAGAACAACCUUUCUGUUGAGCAAAACAUGCUUCAGGCUCAAAAACAACAGCAAGAACGUAUUGCUGCCACUGUAACAGGACAGAUGUUCUUGGAAAGUCAGGAACUUCUCCGUCUGUUUGGUGUUCCUUACAUUGAAGCACCUAUGGAGGCAGAGGCUCAAUGUGCUGUCUUGGAUCUUACUGAUCAGACAUCUGGGACAAUCACUGACGAUAGUGAUAUUUGGCUAUUUGGAGCACGGCAUGUUUAUAAAAAUUUCUUCAGUCAAAACAAGUAUGUGGAAUAUUACCAAUAUGUGGAUAUUCAAAACCAACUAGGGUUAGACAGAAGCAAGUUAAUUAAUUUGGCCUAUUUGCUUGGAAGUGACUACACUGAAGGAAUCCCAUCUGUUGGCUAUGUAACAGCAAUGGAGAUUUUAAAUGAAUUCCCUGGGCCUGGAAUGGAACCUCUCUUAAAAUUCACUGAAUGGUGGACUGAAGCUCAGAAGAAUAAGAAAGUAAGACCCAAUCCACAUGAUACCAAAGUAAAGAAAAAACUGCAGCAACUGCAGCUGAGUCCUGGCUUCCCAAAUCCAGCAGUAGUAAAAGCUUACCUGAAACCUGUGGUGGAUGAGUCAAAGGGGUCAUUCAUCUGGGGAAGGCCUGAUGUAGAACAGAUCAGAGAAUUCUGUCAGAAUUGCUUUGGCUGGACUAGGACAAAGACAGAUGAAGCCCUUUUGCCUGUACUUAAACAGCUGAACUCACAACAGACUCAACUUCGAAUUGAUUCAUUCUUCAGACUAGCACAACAUGAAAAACAAGCCAUUAAGAGCCAGAGACUUCGAAGAGCUGUGACUUGUAUGCGGAGGAAAGAAAAAGAAGCAGCAGCUGAUGAGGCUACUGCUGUUGUAGAAAGAGAAUUUAAACACGGUGAGAAAACUAAAGGAAAAAUAGCUGUCCAAGGCACAACGGAUCGAGCUACUGCAGCACAAAGCCAAAGGGUAAAGAGGAAAAAACAUUCAAAGUCUAAAGAGGAGAGUUUCCAUGGAGGCGGUUUCAUUGGUGAGGUGCAGCUGUCAGAAGCAUCCAGUGUGUCUUCAGGAGAGGAUUCUGAAAGCGAAGUUUUAAGUAAGAGCAAAAGAGGAAAAAUUGUCAAGGAAUCAGCAGUUCAGAAAAACACAGUGAGACAGGAGGAAGACAUGAAUAGUAGCUCAAGUGGUGAGGAUGGGGAUGAAGAAAACACAGUCAUGGUGACUGCCCGGUCUGUGUUUGAGGGCAAAAAGGGGAAAUCCUGGCAUGUGAGAGGAAGAAAAAAGAAAAAGUGCUAACUGUUUUUUUGUUUUAUGAUCAAGUCUUGAUUUGUAAAUAGUCUAAUGAAUUCUUUGUAGAAAAAAAUAAAUGUAAAUUAUCCCUUA